GUCAUUGUUAAAACCUGUUGUUUUUUCUCCCCUUGUCCCGGCAGACAGACCUCCCCCUCCGCCUCGUGUCAUUGGAGGCCAGCCGGCUUAUACCGUCCACCGGAUACUGGAUUCCCGCCGGGUGCAGCGGUCCUGGCAGUAUCUGACUGCAGGGUGGGAGAUGCAACAAUGGCCUUGAGAACAGCAGGAAGUGUGCUGGUGGUCUUUCUCUGGUCUGUAGCAGUGAUUCUGGGUCAGAAUAGCAGGAUUGUGACCUACACCAAGAAACGUUUCUGUACCUUGAAGGGGUCAACAGUGGAUCUAUCCUGCUCUUACACAUAUCCCAGAGGUCUUACAGUCACAGCAACCACAUGGUAUAAAAGGAAGAGUUUGACCUGGACUCACAUCCAAGAUAAAUAUGAGGAUCGUAUAGAGUACCGUGGGAAUAAGGAGAAUGACUGCACCCUGAGAAUCACAGACCUGAGAGAGGAGGAUUCAGCAUCAUAUUACUUCUCAUUUUCAACAAGCUCAUGGACAUCUGGCUCAGAUGUCACUCUCUCUGUCACAGAUCUAAAGGUGACUGGGGGAAUGUGGACAAGAGAGGAGUAUUGGAUGACACUGACCUGUAGCACCACCUGUACUCUGACUGACAACCCCACCUACAUCUGGUACAAGAACGGACACAAAGUAAAGGAGGACACUUCCAGCCUGUACUCAGACUCCUUUAGUGAUGCAGACAGUUACUCCUGUGCUGUAAAAGGCCAUGAGGAUCUCCUCUCUCCUGCAGUGUGUGUUCAGGGUCAGAGCUGCUACAGAGUGACUUACACCAAGAGGACAAUCUGUGUCUUGAAGAGGUCAACAGUGGAUAUAUCCUGUACUUAUAGAAGUGGUGAUGAUACAGUCAAAUCAUCACUCUGGUUUAGUCCUAAACAGAGUGACAGGUGGAGGGAUAAGUUGAUGCCUGAGGACCUAACCACAGACCCAGGGUAUGCAGGUCGUGUGGAGUAUGUUGGAGAGAAUGAGAGAGGUCGCUCCACCCUGAGAAUCACAGAUCUGAGAGAGGAGGACUCUGCUGAGUACAAGUUCAUAUUCAACACACAGACAUCAAGAUGGGGACACAGCUUCCCUGGAACAACUCUGACUGUCACAGACCUGCAGGUGAAGGUGACUCCUGCCACAGAGGCAGGGAAGAGGACACUGACCUGUAUCACCACCUGUACUCUGACUGACAACCCCACCUACAUCUGGUACAAGAACGGACACAAAGUAAAGGAGGACACUUCCAGCCUGGACUCAGACUCCUUUAGUGAUGCAGACAGUUACUCCUGUGCUGUAAAAGGCCAUGAGGAUCUCCGCUCUCCUGCAGUGUGUCAGAAGUGUUGGAGUGUGACUUACACCCAUCAGAAGAUCUGUGCUUUGAAGGGGUCAACAGUGGACAUAUCCUGCUCUUACACAUAUCCCAGUUAUCAUGAGAUCAAACAAGCUUUCUGGUUUACUAAAUGGUCUGGUAUGGAGGCUGAAGAUCUGAGCUCAGUGCCAGGGUAUGAGGGUCAUAUAGAGUACCUUGGGGAUAAGGAGAGUGACUGUACCCUGAGAAUCACAGACCUGAGAUUGAGUGACUCUGCUGGGUUCAGGUUCAGAUUCAUAACAUCUGGAGGAAAGUUUUCUGGCUCACCUGUCUCCCUGACUGUCACAGAUGUUGUGUUGGAGAUGGAUCCUACAUCUGUGUCAGAGGGGGAGAGAGUCACACUGAGAUGUAGAACCAACUGUACACUGGACCCCAUCACAGCCUACAGUUGGUAUAAGAAUGGACAGUCUAUACCAAACAGCAACACCUCCUCUCCUGUCUAUAUCCUGUUCUCAGUCAGCAGUGAGGAUACAGGCAGAUACUCCUGUUCUGUAGAAGGACAUGAGGAUCUCCCCUCUGCUGAAGAAACUCUCAAUGUCACAUAUGGUCCAAGGAACACCUCAUUGUCAGUCAGUCCCUCUGGUGAAAUAGUGGAGGGCAGUUCAGUGACUCUGACCUGCAGCAGUGAUGCCAACCCACCUGUGGACAAAUACACCUGGUACAAGAAGAACGUAACCUCACCAAAAGCAUCAGGACAGAGUUACAGCAUCACUAACAUCAGCUCUGAGGACAGAGGAGAAUAUUACUGUGAGGCCCAGAAUGGAAGAGGAUCUAAUAACUCUACAGCUCUGAUGAUCAUUGUAGCAGGGAAACAGACCUCAUUUCUGACUGCAGCUGUAGGAAUCACAGUGGUUCUGGUUCUCAUCCUCUGUCUCUCUGGACUCAUGUGGUUCAGGAGAUCCACAGGAGGAAGUGAUGCGACAACAGACACACAGAGUGUCCGUCCUGACUGUAACAGUGACACGUACACAGGUCUGAACAUGAGGACCAUGUCCCCUGACUAUGACACGCUGGCAAGUGUCCAUCCUGACCCUAACAGUGACCCCAACAGUGACAUGUACACACCUCUGAACAUGAAGACCAGGUCACCAGAGUAUGACACCCUGGCAAAUGUGAGGGGACCCUGCCACUGAAGAGAACCACCACAGAUCCUGGACUGAAGAGAACGACCACAGAUCCUGGACUGAAGAGAACCACCACAGAUCCUGGACUGAAGAGAAUCACCACAGAAGCUGGACUGAAGAGUAUCACCACAGAAGCUGGACUGAAGAGAAUCACCACAGAAGCAGGACUGACGAGCUACGGUUCUAAUCCAAAACCAGGCCUCACACCUCUAUUCUCUUGCAACCAUAUCGAGAUGGUUUUCCAGACCAUGAACUUUAACUUUUGAGUAAAUGCUGGAAUAGAUGUUUUAUUUUCUUAUGAUGAUAAUUAUGUAUAUUGGUGAUAAAUGGGAUGGGUUAUGCUUCUGCUUUUUUUCAAUGGGAUUUUUUCCAUUUCCAUAUUUCUUCUUGUGUACCAAUCUGUUUACUAUCUAUAGUUUAAGAUUAUAUUUCUGAUAUUGUUCUAUGGAAUUUUGCAAAUUAGGGAUUUAUAACAUCAAUAGUCUUACUUUCCUCUGCAACUAAUAUGGAUAAUAUUGACAACAGCUUUUUAAUAUUUUUUUGCUUUUGGGUCA